AAAAUAUCACGCUGUCUUGUGUUUCUAGAGCAUUAGUUAGUUACAAGUUGUAUUUCUGAAACAAUAUUUUAAUAAAACUAUAAAAAAUGGCGGAGCAAGUCAAUCAACGUAUCGAGGAUAUGAUAAAUGAGCUGGAGCAGAUGAGAAGAACGGGCUUAUAUGACGAAGACGAAAUAAGAGAUAUAUCACGUAAACGCAAAGAAUUUGAAUAUCGAGUACAACGCAGAGUAAAACAGAAAGAGGAUUACGUGCACUACAUAGCUUACGAACUAGCUUUGAUGGAAGACAUCGCAAUCAGAAGGAAGAAGAUUAAACUGAAUGAGAAAAAAAAGGACUUGGAGUAUGCCAUAGCUAAGCGUGUGAAUAAAGUAUUCAAGCAGUUUAUUUACAGGUUCCAGAAUGAUUUGGAAAUAUACUUCCAGUAUAUUAAAUUUUGUAGAAGUGUGGGUUUUGAUUAUGCUGUGUCUGCUAUUAUUGGGCAGAUGCUGCAGAUGCAUGGUGACAAGCCCAAGAUGUGGCAAAUGGCAGCACUAUGGGAAAGCGAGGAGCAAGAUAACCUGAAGAAUGCCAAGAGCUUCCUGCUGAAGGGUAUCCACAGACACCCGCAAGCUCAAGAGCUUUACUUAGAUCUCUUCAAAAUUGAGGUGGCUCUUGCUUUGAAAGCUGAAGAUGAUGAAGAGAAGGAAAAACAAAUAAAAAGGGCAGAUGUCAUAUGGAGAAAUGGUGCAAAGAGUAUUGAUGAUAUCACAUACCUCUUCAAGCUCUGUGACUUAACUCUGAAAUUCCAACAUACUGAUAAUAUAUCUGAAGAAGUUAAAAGAGAGAUUUGGAGUCAUAAUGAUAAGAAGGAAGUCUGGCCUUAUAUUGCAUCUAAAGAGUUAGAAGGUUGCCACUGGGAGGAAAUUGAUGAAUUUGUUGAUGAAGACUCAAAAUUCCCUAUAAAUCUUCUUAGAUGUAUCGGUGUCUAUGAGGAGGCUCUACAGAGGUUUCCAGAUGAAAAAUUAUGCAAUAAAUUUAUUCAUGAACUCCUUGGGCUAAAUGACAAUGUAUGUUCAGAUAAUCAAAAGGUUACUGCUAUCAAAGAUGCUUGGAUGUUUGGCCAUGACAACGGACUUCUCUCCGAUGAUAUGUAUGCUUUUGGCAUUGAAUUGUUGAAACUAGAAGAUUCACUGAAUAGCAUUGAGUUGGGACAGAUAUUGGAUGCAGCAACAAUGAGGAAUCCUCAAGCAAAGAGUGUAUGGAGAGAAAAGAUUCUUCUAAGCAAACACAAUGAAAACAAAUUGUUGUCUAUUCUAAAGGAGGCUACUAAAGUAUUGGAACAAGAUGAUGCCAUUUAUCUAUGGAAUAGUGCAUUGGAUGUUAUUGAAAAGAAAGAAACUCUUAUGGCUUUACACAAGAAAUUCCAAAAUUGCGAAACAGCUGUCCUCUUAGCAAUCAAGCCAAAAUUGCUACAGAAAAUGUAUGAUUAUAACGGAAUAAAGGCAGCCAGGGAGUUAUAUGAUGAGUUAAUCAAAACCCCACCUCUUCAAAAAGAUGUCCAAUAUGUUAUGAUUGAGGUAGAGAAAUCUCAAGAUAAACCAAAUGCUAAGUUUAUAAGAAAGUACUAUGAAUAUUUGGCUCAUCAUCACGGGCAAGAUAAUGUUGAUGUCUGGAUGGAUUACGUGAACUUUGAAUCAACUCUCGGCAGUGCUCAAUUCUCUUCAGCAAUAUACAGGAGGGCUGUUGCAACAUUGAAAAAAGAAUUAGUAGAUGAAUUCAUUAAAGCUCAAACUUUAGCAAAAAUAAAAUAACUCCAAUCAU